AUGGACCCUGACUCUAGAACGUUGGGAGAUGAAGGUUUCGCUGAUGAAGACGUUGUAGAUGAGGCCAUGGAGGUAGCAAAUGUUAACAAUGAAUCAGAUGAUGAAGUCCUCGAAGGUCCCCGGGCAUCUGUUUACUUCUGCGACUUUGACCCUGGAAAGCAAGGACAUGAUAUUCCCAAGGAAGAAGUCGAACAAAUGAUGAAGGCAGAGCCAUAUCAGAGAAAGAUUGACACGUGUCACAUGUGUGGCAAAUGUUGGUUUGAUAACCAGUUCAGCGAGGAGUGUCACGAGUGUGGUGGGUUCGCCAUGACGCGGUCAUGUCCUAUUUGCCUCGGCCGAUGUAACCGGGUCUGGAAACGUAAUGUAAAAAUGUCACACAGUUACCAUGAAGCAUACUGGGAUGGCGCUUGUGGGCUACCUGAGAAUCUUCAAAGACCGUACCAGAUCGAACGCUUCACAGAUUCAUCUGAGGAUGGCCUCUCACAAUGUCUUCAGGACCUGUCCACUAGUUAA